UGUGGCCAGUCAUCAUAACGCUUGUUGUUGUUGUUGUUGUUGUCGAUGCAAAUUCUACAAAUUAUUCAUGGAAUCAAUUAUUACAGAUUUCCGAUAUUGAUUUUCAACAAAUAUUCUUACCCAAUUAUUUGAAUGAUUUAAUUAAUGUCGAAAGAAAAAUGACCGCGGUGGUUCCAAUAACAGUGAUUUCAUCGAUCGAAAAUGUGGCCAAGAUCUUCGCUACAUUUUGAAUCAAAUGAUUCAUGAACGUAAAUUAUGGGCAACAAAAAUAUUCAAUUCAUGGUCACAAUCUUUGGUGCCAAGUGGUUUCAUAUCUGGUACAAUAACUGAUUAUGGUGAUUAUGAUCAAUGUUUAAGUAUUGAUAAAAUAAAAUCAUCACCAAUCAUACCUGAAUAUUGUUUACUUGAAUUUGAAUGGCCAAUGCCAACAAAACAGCCAUUUGUUAAUAAUCAUAAUGUUAAUCAUCGAACCAAUGGAAUCAUACCAUCGAAUGUUGAUGAUCGAAUAAUAGUGAAUAAAACUAUUUACACUCAUUUGGCUAAUGAAUCAUCGAUUUUCUAUUAUUCAUCAAUCAUACGAGGAAUUUGUCUACCAAAUUCAUGUACAAAACCAAACGAAUUAUGGCAUAAUAAUAUAGAGAUUUUUGGUUUUAAAUUGCGACAAAUAUCUUGUAAUAGAAAACCAGAAUGGCCAUUGAAACCAAACACAGUACAGCUGAUUGCCAUAUUUAUGAUUGGUUUGUUCAUAUCGAUUACAUUUGCAGCUGGUUUGUAUGAUUUUUUAGCUGUUCAUAAAAAUGGACAUUCAUUCGAACGAUUACUGCUUUGUUUUUCUCCUUUACGUAAUUUUCGUUCAUUUAUUCAAGUGAAACGUUCAUCAUCGACCAAAGAUGAUAAUAAUGAUCUAUCAUUCAUUCAUGGUUUACGAUUCUGGUCAAAUGUUUGGGUGAUUACAGCACAUACGUUUGUUUAUGAAGAUUGGAAUUCAUACAAGAAUAUAUUCGCUGCAAAUGAAAAACUUAAAUCACCAAUUAUACAAUCAUUAAUGCAAUUCAUUAAUCCAGUCGAUGUAUUCAUUUUUAUUGGUGGUUUUUUAGCCAGUUAUACAACAACAACAACAACAAUGAAACUGAUUCAUAAUGGAGAACGAAAACGAUUCAUUGUCAUUUCAUAUAUUGGUCUUCGUUAUCUACGAUUUACACCACAAUUAAUUUUCUACAUUUUAUUAUCAUUUGUUUUACCACUUAAUGGUAUUUGGUUAAAUGGUCCAACAUGGACAAAACGAAUGCAACAAAUUCAAAUGAAAUGUACGAAAACCUGGUGGCAUAGUUUGAUUUAUAUGCAAAAUUUAAUUGAUCCGAAAAAUAUGUGUGGUACACAUACCUGGUAUCUGGCUGUCGAUAUGCAAUUACGAUUACUUUCAAUUCUACCUUUAUGGUUUUUAACUAGAAAUUCUACAAAACAAGGAUUGAUAUGGAUCAAAAUUCUGGUGUUGGCAUCGAUUGUGAUUACUUCAUUACAUGUAUUCAUUUACCGGUUACCACCUGGUCUGAUUUUAACAUCAUUAAGUGAUUUCGAUGGAUUCAAUUCAAUUUCGACGUCUGUCAAUGGAUUUGGUAGAUUUUUUCAAAUCUAUUUCAAACCAUGGAGCCAUUCAAUCAUUUAUUUCAUUGGUUUUUGGUAUGGAUGUACUAGAAUAGAUCAAAAACAUAAUCCAUGGUCAAGAAUAAAGACCAUUUGUGCUUUAGUAGCAAUUGUUUUGGUUAUCUAUUCUGUACAUUCGAUACAUUACCAUGGUUCUAUGGCCGUCCAUAUGAUCGUUUUUGGUCAGCCAUAUUAUAUCCAUUAAAUCGAACCAUAUUUGCCACAAUAUUGAUCAUUCUAUUCGAAUUGUGUAUCAAAAAUUCCCAUUCAAUCAUCACACGUUUUCUACGUUG